AUAUAAGCAAGCGCCAUUCUUGUCUGAGUCUCCACUGCUGGCGGGGGACGAUGACCGAAGAAGACCCCUCCGACGAUUCCUUAACCGCCGCCUCCUACCUCAUCUGCCGCGCUGCUCGCGCCAUCGCCUCCAACUCGGACGUCCUCAUCGACCGCCACGCCUUCACCGAGCUUUCCUCCUGCCUCCUCCACACGCUUCCUGUCCUUCGCGAACUGGAGGAUAACCUUCAUUCCUCCUCCAUAUCAACCAUCGCCACCGCACUGGACGCCCUCUCUGAAGCCGCCGAGGUAGCUGCCUCCGCUGCUUCGAGCUCCAUUGACUUCGAAAGCUCCCGCCGUAGUCGUUUAUAUGUCGUCAUCAGCUCCCGCCAGACCUCCCGCCGCCUUUCUUGCGCCACCCGAGACUUCUACGUCGCCUUAUCUCUCCUCCCCUUCUCCUCCUCGGCGCUAGACAAGGUUGAGGCGAUCCGAGACCGCCUUGUCGCAGUUGAGUUCCGUGCUUCCUCCGCUGUCGAGGAGGUCCUGGACAAGAUUGAGUCCGCGGUCUGCGACCAGGCCUCGGACCGUGCCUAUGCUAAUCACAUCCUUAGGCUCGUUGCUGACGUCGCUGGCGUUUCCCCCGACCCGCUUACGCUUAGAGUAGAACUUGACAAGCUGCGGGCCGAGGUCGCCGAGUCCCGCGAGAGAAAAGACCUUGCUGAAGCCGUACAGAUGGAUCAGAUUGUCUCCUUCCUCUCAAUCUCGGAUGCGGUCUCAUCAUUUCGGGAGAGGGAGGAGAGGUAUCUUAGCAAACGAAAUCGUUUGGGAAAUCAGCCUUUGCCGCCACUCCAGCCCUUUCUUUGCCCCAUCACUGGGGAUGUCAUGGAUGACCCAGUGGAGACAUCUUUCGGGCACACCUUUGAGAAGAGCGCCAUUGAGAAGUGGUUUGCGGAGGGAAAUUGUACUUGUCCUUUGACGAUGACGCCCUUGAGUGUUGGCGAUCUGCGGCCCAACUAUACUCUGAAGAAAUCCAUUGAAGAGUGGAGGGAAAGAAACAGAAUCAUCACCAUUGCCAACCUCAAAACUAAGUUUGAAUCUAAUGCUGAGCAAGAGGUGCUUCAUUCUCUUGACCGGCUGGAGGAGUUCUGCAAAGAGGACUGUCAUCGUGAUUGGAUUGUUUUUGAGAACUAUCUGCCUGUUCUUGUUGGUUUGCUUGAAAGAAAGAGUUUGGAGAUCAGGUGUCGCGCUCUGUUUGUGCUAUAUAUCCUAGCUAAGGACAGUGAUGAUACAAAGCAGGAGCAACUUGCCUGUAUCGAUAAGCUGAUUGAAUUUGUUGUAAUGUCUCUUGGAAGACGUAGUGAGGAACGUAAAUUGGCCGUGGCACUUUUGCUGGAGUUGUCAAGAACUGAGCUGAUUCGCAAUAAGAUUGGCAAGGCCCGUGGCUGCAUUUUUCUUUUGGUGACUACUACAAAUGAUGGUAAUCAGGCUGCAACUGAUGCGACACAACUAUUGGAGAACCUUUCUUACCUCGAUGAAAAUGUUGUGAAAAUGGCAAAGGCAAACUAUUUUAAGCCACUAUUGCGAUGUCUUGGAUCAGGAAAUGACGAUGUGAAGAAGAUCAUGGUGACGACCUUAGCUGAAAUUGAGCUGCCUGACCAAAGUAAAGCAGCUCUAUUAAGAGAUGGUGCACUGGACGCCCUUCUUCAUCUGGUUAAACAUAGUGAUCCAGAUAUCAAAACAAUGGCUGUUAAAUCACUUCAAAGUCUUUCAAGCUUACCUGAAAAUGGUGUGAAAAUGAUUAGCGAAGGAGCACUAUCUCCACUUAUUGACCUUUUACGUCAUCACCACUAUACUGCAUAUCAUAUAUUAAGUGAACUUGCGGCCACUACGAUUAUGAACAUUAUUUCAUCGGCAGUUGAUCUGAAAGAUGAUGAAUCUUUAAUACUUCUGAAAUCUGAUGACGACAUAUUCUCGCUAUUCUCUUUAGUUAACUUGACAGGUCCAAGCAUACAACGAAGUAUUCUUCGAACUUUCUAUGCCUUAUGCCAUCUAACUUCCGCUGAAGAUAUAAAAUAUAAGCUCAAACAGUGUAAUGCUAUUGAAGUAUUGAUUCCACUUUGCCAAAACAAUAAUAUAUUAGUAAGGCUCAAUGCCAUCAAGCUAUUAUCUUGCUUGACAGAAGAUAUAGAUGCCAGUGUAUUAGCAGAUAGCAGUUGCUUGCAAACCUUGCAAUCCAUCAUUAAAACAUCCAAAGAUGAUGAAGAGAUAGCUGCUUCAAUGUACAUUAUUUCUAACCUUCCUGCUGAUUGCCUACAAAUCAUUCAAUGGCUUCUUGAAGGGAAUGGACUUGUAGUCAUCAUCCAGUUUUUAAAAAAUGCUAAGCUUGGCGGUCCAUCCAAGAAUGAGAUUACAGAAAAUGCUGCCAGAGCUUUGUGCCAUUUUACAAUACCUACGAAUUUUGAAUGCCAGAAGAAAGCAGUUCAGGCUGGUGUGAUCUCUGAUCUUCUCCACUUGUUGGAAUGUGGCACUUCUUUAUCGAAGAGAUAUGCAGCAAUUUCAUUGGCGCAAUUCUCCGAGAACUCUUUUAAGCUGACCAAGCCGGUCGAAAAGCCCUGCGGUUUCUUUUGCUGUGCAGCAGCACCUGAAGAAGUCUGUGAAGUACAUAAUGGUGUUUGCUCAGUAGAACAAUCAUUUUGUCUUUUAGAAGCAGAAGCUGUUCUGCCACUUGUUAGAUUACUUUCUGAGCCUGAUAUAACAGUAAAUGAAGCUGCUUUAAUAGCUCUUUCAACACUCAUUGUCGAUGAGAGACUGCAGAGUGGCAGCAAACUACUUUUUCAAAUGAAUGGAAUUGUCCCUAUCAUAAAGCUGCUCAAUUCUGAAUCUCCUGAUGUUCAGGUAAAGGCUGCUCUUGUUCUGGAAAGGAUUUUCCGUCUCGAGGAAUAUAAGAAGAUUUACGGCGCUUCUGCGCAAAUGCCUCUCAUCUGCAUAACUCACAAGGGGGAUUCCAUGGUCCGAGCUUUGGCUGCAAAGAUUCUUGCUCAUCUGAAUGUUCUUCAUGAGCAAUCCUCUUACUUUUAGAAGGCACGCCCACAAGAAAUCAAAAUUUCAACAACCUUAGAUCUGUUUUUCUGGACAAAACACUGCCUUGAGAUCAAGACAUACGGGAAUAUGCUUGAUGCCAAUGUACUUAUUUUCUAUAAUUGGUUCAGGAGGGACACAGAUUGAUUGUAAAUAGAGAUGCACCCUUACAUUCCAAACCUGAGCUUCCUGAUGAAGGUUUCGUUUGGGACGGUUUUCUUAUUGCUUCUUAAACCUACUUUCUAGUAAAAAAAUUAAAAGUUUUGUACUAAAAAGCUGCUUUAAGAAGCAGUAAAAAAACCGUCCCAAACGAAGCCAAAGAGUUGCCAGCAGUCCAUUUUUACUUGGAUGCGGAAGAUGCAAGCUGAAAGGUGAAAUCUUAGCCUGUGAAAACUGAGAGGGCGGUUUGAUUAUUUUCUCGGAUUGAAUUAUGAUAUAUCAUUGCUGCAAUGGGGAUGUGUUUGUGAUGGAUGCUCAGAAACUCUUCAAUAGCAAUUCUCUGUAAAGUUUUAUUUUCUUGUUGGCCAAAUAUAGAGCUUAUUCUGUCAUUUUCAUGUAUAGAUCCAGCAUUCUCAUGUAAUUUUCAGGCUUAGGGUUUUCUAGGAAUUAUCUUUUACAUUAUGGAACAGCUUGUGUACCUAUAUAUUGCUGAUGAGUUGAUUUUUUGUAUCAAUGCAUGAUUCAGAUGCUCAA